AUGUUUUAUGGAAAAGUAAUAAAAUCUGAAGAAACUGUAAUCCCAGAACCCAAGGAUGGAUAUUCUGUUAUCCAUUUAUCACGAGCAUGCUUAAACAAUCCUCAAGAUGAUGGGAAAUUAUAUGUACAAGUAGAAGAUGCCAAUGGCUGUUAUAAUAUUUGCUGCUUACAAAAAAAUGUAUGUGAAGAUACUCCUUUGGACAUAUUUUUAAUGUUAGAUAAUGAAGUCAAAAUAAAAACUAGUGGAACAACUGAUGAAGUCCAUGUUGUUGGAUAUUAUGAAGUCUCAUUUGGCCAAGAUAAUUUAGACGAAGAUGAAGAUGAGUUUGAUGAGGAUGAUGAAUAUGAAAAUGAAGCAGCUAGAAUAUUGACUAAAAAAAAUACAUUGAAAAAUUCAAGUGCUUUUAGACUAAAAAAUAAAAAAAACGAAGAUGGCGAAGAGGAUGAAGAGGAUGAAGAUGAUGAAGAUGAUGAAGAGGAUGAAGAUGAUGACGAGGAUGAAGAAGAUGAAGAUGAUGAGGAUGAUGAAGAUGACGAAGAAGAUGAAGAUAACGAAGAAGAUGAAGAUGAUGAAGAGGAUGAUGAGGAAGGAGAUAAAAAGAAAAAAAAGGGAAAUAAUAAAAGAUCAUUAGAUGGAAAUGGUAGUGGGCCAUCAAAAAAAUCCAAAUUAGAUGAUGAAGAACAAUAUGAAAAAAACCUUAUUGAAUUUAUAAAAAAAAAUGGAAAAACCACAUUAACAGAAUUAGGAAAAGUUAAAAAACCUGCCGGCUUAAAAAUGAAAUUAGGAUUUUUUGUCAAAAAACGUCCAAGCAUUUUUAAACUCGAUAACGAUUCACAGAUAGUGUCAUUGAAAUAA